AUGGCGAAUUCAAUGUCAGACCAGUUAAAAUUAGUGAAACUGGAGAGAGAUAGUAUCAGUAACUUACCAGACUCUUUGCUUCACCAUAUCCUCACGUUUCUUCCAACUAGAGAAGCCGUUGCCACAAGCCUCUUGUCCAAGAGAUGGAGACCACUUUGGCUUUCAAUGCCCACUUUUGAUUUUGAUUGUAGAAACUUUCAUAGUCUUGACUCGUUCACUCAGUUUGUAGACGCAGUCUUGUCAAUGACUGAUUCGAAGACUACUAUAGAAAAGUUCAGGCUCAGAUCGCUAAAUCGCAGAGUUGAUCAUCUUGAACUACGUUUUAGCAGUUGGGAUAAAGUUGGUAUUAGAUUUUUUAUAAAUGACGAGGACGAUGUUGAUGUUGAUGAUGAUGUGCCGUUAUUAAAUGUUGACAAGCUUGAACAUCUGGUUUCGGCAAAUAUUCCUUCCCAUCUGUUUACGUGGAAGGCAUUUACUAAUGUGACCUUUCUUUCAUUAAUGACGUAUACAGCGUCUGGCAAUGAUUAUUUUCCAAGAUUUGACCAUUUAACCCACUUGGAAUUUGAAUGUCUUUAUGAUGAAGACUUGAAUUGGAUAGUGGAAGUCCUACCUAACUGCCCCAAACUUGAAAUUCUUGAUAUUGAUGAGGCUUGGAAGGAUAAUGGAACCAAUAGUGAGGUUCCUCAAUGUAUUUCAUCACAGCUAAAGGAAUUCAUUCUUGGUGCAUAUGAUGGCUCUGAAUGUGAGUUUCAAUUUGUAAGAUUUAUUAUGAAGAAUGCAAGAGUCUUGAGAACAAUCUCAAUUUUCAGUUGCAGUUCUGAAGAUAAGAAGUAUGGUCAAAUGCUCAAAAGAUUAUCCUCGUGCCCUAGAGGUUCAGAGAAUUGCAGACUUUUGUUUGAUGAAGUCUCCGUAGAUGCAAGUGUUUGA